CCCUGAAUUGGUUUCGUCCGAUGUUUGUCUGACAUGACACCAUCAUCAACAUCCCAAGACAUUAAUAGAUAGAGAUGCGUUUUGAAAUCUUAAUUUACAUCUGUAGUCUUUCGUUUCUUUUAUGAUCAACGUGGACGUCUGUCUGUCCUACAAUUCUGCCGUAUCAUGGAACCGUUGUGCUUUCAGGAACUGUGAAUGUUAUUUAUGAAUUUCUAUCACUUAACGUUACGGGCGUAAGUUAGCUAACUAGCAAUGAUAGCUAGUUGUUUUCAUUUAUAAUUGAGGGACGGUGUAAUUUCAUCAAGAGCGUGUUUGAAUAUUCUUAACGAAGCCAAUAUUAAACAGUGAAAAGUCCUGCCGAUUGUGGAAUUGAUAUGGCUCCUUAUUCUGACAUAUUUCGAUGAAUGGAUCAUCAAUUUCAUGAGUUAGCUAUGCUAUUGGAGGUCAGUGCGAUAAAUACAAUCGACUACACUACAAGGUUAGCUUGUUAGCUAACGGAUAGCUCUUCAUCCUCCAUAUCUAGAAAUUGGUUUAUCCCUAGCAAGCAGUAACGUUAACGUUACACUAUGCAAGAUGGUUCAAGGCCUCUGCAUCCCGGUGUUUCUCAGUUAGCAAGGUGAGGGAACUGUCAUCAUGAGAUUGUAAGACUGUGACUCUUCCCUCCAGGUGUGAGAGAAUUGGAAUUACAAUUAUUGAUCCUUUACAGACAGACAACGGUGUCAAGGGACAACUACCACUCUCAAAAAACUCUUCCCCAUUAUCUUCCAUCUUGCUCCUCGUCAUGUCAUGAUCCUGUGCGCAACCAAAGCAUUGCAAAAACAGUCUGGACCUCAACACCAGCCAAAGGAUUUGCAAUCUGUCCCGUCCAGUAGCCCGUGCCGAAGAACCUUGCUGGCCUACAGAUGGCUUGAUGCCUGAGAGUAGUUACUGGCAGCUCUGCCCUCCUUCCAAGCCCAGCCUGCAGAGUGUGCUGAGUUCAAGCUUUCCCCCGGGCCCUGUGCCUCAGGGUCCUUCCACCGAACACCACCCUGAGGGGGAAGAUCUGCACCGACCCCUGGUCCCAAGCACUUCAGUGACGGACCUGUCUUUUCCCGGUGCACCCCCUCCCCCCCCGCCGCCCCCCAAACGCCACUGUCGCUCGCUGUCUGUGCCAGAGGACCUGUCACGCUGCCGAUACACCUGGCGGCCCAGUGCCUCAAAGGUCUGGACACCUGUGAACCGUCGAUGCCACAGUGGAGGGGGAGCGGGGGGACCGUGUCCGCUUCGUGCCCCCAGCUCUUCUCUGAACUCGUCUCUACACUCCUCUUCCAGCCCUACGUUUUUUAGCCUCGCACUUUCCCCUGACUCUCCGCUGCCAUGGAAUUUCCCCUUUGAGCCCAGUGAUUCUGCAGGAGGCAGUGCCUGUUGUUGUUUCUUUCCCUCGCCGUCCUCCUGUUCCUCCUCUCCAUCUCCGCUCCAUCCACCCCCUCCUCCGCAGAGGCGCUUUUCCCUCUCCCCUGUUCUCAUACGAGAGACUGCCGCCACAAUCCUUCCUCCACCUCCAGUUCCUCUCCAACCCACUGCCCCUCCAGCGGCUGUGCCUGCCUCACCGUCAUCUGCAUGCAGCACCCCAGCUUCUCUGCGCAGGGCCAUUCCACCUCAGCUGCCACGCUGUCACUCCCAGCCCUGCGACUUGCUUCUGCUCAAACCUGGUCUGAAGCGCAGGAGAGAUCCCGACAGACCUUGUGCAAGGCCGGUGCUGGACUUUGCUAAGAUGACUCAGACUCGGAGUUCUGAUCCCCUCAGCUGUUUGGAACGUGGACGGCUGGCAUGUGGCGGGGAUGUUUGCAUGGGUCUGGAGCCUUUCUUGGGAGACUUCAGAGGCCUGUAUUCUCCAGCUGAGGGCCUUGGAAGGACAAGUAUUGGGCCACUUAGUGAAAGUGAUGAAGAGGAGGAGGAAGAGGGUGACGAUGGUGACCCUGAUCAUGAAGGAGGACCACAAAGUGUUUUUGAAAGGGAUUGCACAGAACUCGACAUCUCCUUAAUUGAGGAGAAUUAAAUAUAUAUAUAUAUAUAUAUAUAUAUAUAUAUAUAUAUAUAUAUUAAGACAUCUCCAACGCCCCACUCUUCAUUGCCAGCAUUCAACACUUCUUCAAAUCCCUGUUACUUUACAGGGGCAGGGCUCUCAGGAACACCAACACUCAAUGACAAUGAUCUCUUGACUACUGUCAAUUAACCCAGGUAAUACAGGUAGCCAUGGAUGCUGACUCUCCAUCAUAGUACAUUCCAAAACCUAUUGCUGAGACAUUCUUUGGGUCGUGAAUAUUCAUAAUCCUGGACACACCCGAUAUUCCCUUAAUGUUUUUGGAUGUCUUCUUAAUUCACCCUGAAGCUGACUUGGAUAGAAUAUGUGGAAAACAAGUCUUUGACGUCUUGCUUUCUUUCUUUUUAAUCUUUCUUCAAGUUUUUCCAGUAGUACAGUAGAAUUUCUUGGAUGAUGGUGAUGAAUUUCGGUGUUUGUUCAGUUAAAUUCAAAAGGGCAGUGUGGCAUUGCAGUUUCCUCUGCAAUCCUUUCUAUUUUCUGGUGAAAUGAGUGAUCCAGCAUAAGCCUUAAAAUUCCAGUCUCUCUUUCUGUCUCUCUGGCUCUCUCUGUCUUGCUCUUAAAAUGCUACUAGGAAAUGAAUUGUGUAGCUGUUGUCCUUUUACUGUUUCUUUUAAACUGUUUUCUUAAUAUUUCUACUCUAUAUAACUAAUUCUCUGAAAAUAGAGAUAUGUAGAUAUUAAUAAUGAAUGCACUGUGUUAAGUCUAACAACAAAAAAGUGUCAGCAACCACUGUAUUCUGAGGGCACAUUGUAAUUGUAUUGUACAGCAACCAUUUGUCUAUAACAAGUUAUGUGUAAAGAUGUUAGCUUGGAGACUGGGCCAGGUCAUUACUCUCUUCUAGUUAUUAUUAUUAUUAUUAUUAUUAUUAUUAUUAUUAUUAUGAUGUGUUAUAAGAUGGUUUGAAAUUCCAAACUCAGUUUGUGUACAAUAAAGUUUAUGGAAAUUAUUUUACAACAAACAGAUCAUGGAAGAUGUAUUAUUUAUUUGUUUAUUAUUUAUUGAAUUCUGUGAUAAGUGGGCAUACAGUACCUACUAAGCAGAAGUGGUUUUGAGCUACUUUUAGUGUAUUGUCAAAUGGAUAUGGGACUGGUUCAAGACGAUACUGACUGAGUGUAAAUAGAUUGUUGUUUUCUUUCUUUUUUUUCAGAAUGUUAUGCAUCAGUCCACAAUUCUGUCAAAGGAAUAUCACUCUGCAGUUUUUGUUUUAUUUACAUGUUUAUUUCAUGUAAGCCCACUCUAAGUAUAAUGUGCUCUCCCAAAAAGGGCACUGAACUGCAUUCUCUGUGUCAAAACUUAUGAAUUUUCUCUGAAGUCUUAUCUAAGAGGGUUGAUACAUGAAGCUCACCAUAACUCAGCCAACAAACGAAGGAAGUGCAUGUUCAGGAGAGUGGUAGCUUCAAUAAGAGAGUGGUUGUCAUUGCCUUGAAACAAAAAACGUGGGAGAUGGUUCUCUCAAAAUCAAAAAAUAAACAUCUAAAAUUCUGUUAA